AUGGCAAGCAUAAAAUACCCAAAAAAGGAGAUAGAAAGAAGUCAUCGUACAAGUUUUAGUUUGUACCAACAACUUUGGACUGUGUCGUACAUUACUGAUGAUGAUAUAGGUUAUUGGCAGCUUGUCACAUUGGUGUUUAUUUCAGAAACGAAGGGUUUGCUUGGUGUCUCUGACUAUCUUGUGGUGUUGGAUGAUUUAAGUUGCAAAGAGAUGGGUCGAAGGAAAAUUGGCAUGGAACUGAUUAAAAACGAAAGAUCUCGAAAUUUAACGUAUCAAAAGAGGAAAAAAGGUUUGGAGAAAAAGGCCGAUGAAUUAUCAACUUUGUGUCAAGUCAAACUUUGCAUGAUUAUAUACGCUCCAAAACACAGCGACAAGCAGCAAGAGGAAACUGUGACAAUCUGGCCGGAAAAAGAUACUGUCCGGAGCUUAAUCGAGUCGUAUAGAGGGCGAUCGGACGAUGAUCGGAGGUUAAGAACACAUGAUUUAUCGUUUUACUUCAAGGACUUAGCAAGAAAGGUUGAGAUCGAGUCUGCAAAAUUACGUAAAAGUAACCAUGAGGCUAAGUAUCCAACGUGGGAUCAACUCUAUGAUAAUUUGUCUACUGACCAACUGAAACAACUUACUGCCUUAUUGGGUGCAAAAAUUGAAGUUACAAAGCAAAGGUUGGAAUUCUUGAAGGGAACACAGACUAUAUCCUUAGAGGACAUGCAUGCAAUGAGUUUUCUUGGAAAGCAAGCAACUCAUCAGCCAAAUACUCCAUGCGCAAUGGGGAUGAUGAGAGAUCAGAAUAUGUUGUUAAGCAAUAAUAUUGUUGAUCAUCAUCAAUAUCCUCAUCCUCAACCAGUGUGCUAUUUUGUACCAGUGGUGACACCUACUAAUUACUAUCAGCAUCAGUAUCAACUGCUGCCAAAUGCUGCUGCUACUGCUACUGCUUCUUAUCAAAUGCAUGCUUCUCAGAGGGAAGAAUAUUAUGAAAUGGCUGAUCACUUUCACCUACCAAAUACUACUAUGAAAUAG